UGUUUUCAAUAUGAUGUCACCAUGCUGCUGUUUGAACUGAGGUAGACAUAUUUAAAAAUAUAAACUGAAUGCUGCUGGUAAUUUAUCAUGCCGCGUCGGAAAGCGAACUACAGUCGUAGCGGCGAAGCAAGUAACAGUAGUGAUAUUGCCCCCUCGCCAAGAACGGGCAGGCCUCCAAGAAAGGGAACGCAGCAGCGUCGAAAAAGGAAAGAGGAAACAUCCGGCGAUACUGACUCUGACGAUGGCGGAGAUGUAACUGAAGACUUUCCAUUUGGGAGUGGUCAAAACAGACACACAACUGGGAUUUUUUGCAAAAGACACAUCGGCAACCUUAGGCACCAACCAAGCUCCCAGCCACGAAUUCGAACUCUGUAUUCCCGAUUUCCAAGCAGUCUCCUUCAAGAAGCAAUGUUGCAUAUUCUAUCAACUGUUGCCAUCUAUUUCGCAAUAUUUCCGUUUAUAAACUGCGUAUGGACAUAUUUUAUCAAUAUGGACGAUGAAGUAACAGUUUUAUUUAACUUCAUUUCUCAAGAACCAACAAAUGAGCGAGGGUUUUAUGGUCACGUGCGUAAGAUGCGCUGGAUGACGUGGCCAAGCUUCACGGCGGAAUGCGUUUCGUUACUAAUUGCGUCAUCAAUUAAGGACACGUUUUUCUUUCACUGGGAAAGACUAACAGAUGACGUAUCACUGACAGAUUUGGUUACUCAACAUAUUAAACGGAGAUACAGAAGAUAAUUUAUUAAAAGCAACAUAUGCGUGUGUUCAA